AUGAAGAUCUCCAGAGACAGGAAAAAGAGAAAGUUGUGGCUGUCUCAAGAGAAGUACAUCGAGAAAGUUCUCAGCAGAUUCAAUAUGAGCAAUGCAAAACUAGUUUCUACUCCGCUUGCAGGUCAUUUCAAAUUAAAUCUUAGUCAAUGUCCUUCAAGUGAGAAAGAAAAAGAAGAAGUGAAGAGGAUUCCUUAUGCAUCCACCGUUGGCAGCUUGAUGUACGCCAUGGUAUGCACAAGACCAGAUAUUGCUCAUGCUGUUGGUGUUGUUAGCCGAUUUCUUUCAAAUCCAGGUAAAGAACACUGGAAUGCGGUAAAGUGGAUUCUCAGUUACACAGAUGCAGAUUAUGGGUGUGAUGUUGAUUCGCGCAAACUCAACUUCUUGGAUAUCUGA